AGUAAGAGAUGGAAAGUGACAAACAUGCCGUUUCCCGGCCAUGUUUAAUGCUGGAUCUAAGACCUCUUUAGGUACAAGUGGACAUCAUGCAAAGGCCCACAAAUUUCUAACAUCAGGUCAUGCCACACGCCAAAGGUACUUUCUGGUUUGAUUCCUUACUUUUAUUCAAUUUAUUAUAGUUAAUAAAUAGUAUUCACCUUUUUAUAUUUAUGUAUUUUAUAAUUUUAUAAUUGAUUACGUCAUAAAAGAAGUAAAAUUAAAGUAAGAUAAUGACAAGAUAGUUUAACGGGUUUAAUACUUUACAACGAUUAAGAUUUGUAUGUUAGAAUAAUUUGAUAGACUGUCUCUUUUGGAUUUAAAUGUCAUUGGUUAAAAGCCUAUCAUUGUUAUUACUAUGGUAUAUAGUCUCAACUAUCCAGUUACAAAAUUGAAACUUCCUAUUCAAUAUCAUCAUAUCAUUUGGCUUCUACUGUAGUGUUCACCUUGUUAUCUUUUUUUUUUUUAAUUAGAGUAAUUUUAGUUUAUCUCUUAUACAUAGUUUAUAUUGAAUAAUAAACUUUAAAGUUUCUGAAAGAUAAUUUUAGCAAAUAACAUUGGUUUUUUUACUAUAUAUUAUUUUAUUCUAUAAAAAGUUGUUUUACAUAAAUCUUCAACCGUUUUUGAGUAUUAUUUAUUUCAAAAUAUUUAUACUAAUAAAUUGGAUGCAUAUUGUUAUUUAGUCAUUAAAUAUGUAGUGACAUGAAUUUGUCUAUGGCAAAAUUUGAGAAACUUAUAAUGAGGCAAUGUUAAGUAUCACAUAUAAAAACAAAGUUUCAAUAUUCUUUCUAGUUUAUAUUUCAUUAUACAAGUUUUUUUGUUAGAUCACAACAAAAAUUCAAUUUAUUUUUCUACAAACAUAAAUUUUGAGAAAUCAUAUAAAUUAUAGAUUUUAUGAUCUUUUUACAUUAAUCAACCAAUGAAAAUUAUAUGGUAUACUGCAAAAAUUAAACAAUAUUUUAAAAUGAAAAAAAUCAUAUAAUGGAAUGGAGGAAGUAACAUUUUGAAAUCCUACUAUUGGUUGUAAAAUAUUUUUUCCAAAAAAUUAAUUAUCAACAUAAUUUUAUAUUUUGAGUGGUGUAUAUAAUAAUUAAUGUUCUUUUACCAUUUUAAAUUUCGUGGUCAAUCUUUUGGAGUUGAAUUUUGUGGGACCUACUAUAUUUAUUGAAAAAACAGUGGACCUUAUUCCAUAUCUUAAACCGUUAGAUUAACAUUGCACAACACACACAAAAAAUGAUCGCACGGCUGAAAAAUUAUGUUAUUUACAUGCUCAACACGUGUCCAAACAUGCUUGAGAAUAUUACAGAACAUUACAAAGUUUUAAAACUACCUUAUAACUACUUCAUGAUUAUUACAUGACGACUUGUAAUGACUGAUUUAUCCUUGGACCAUCAAAUAAAUAUCUAUUAACUCAUCACUCUUCACAUCAUCUCCUAUAUAUAAACUCUUAAUAUUUUACCAUUAGCUUCUACCAGCUUUCUUCUUUCUUAAUUUCAUCAUCAAGCUUGAAUUUCAAUCUCAUUUAUCGUUAGUUUCUUCAUGUUCUUGACCAACUAAUUCUCUUCUUUAAAAUCUAGUGCAGUUUUAUUUUUCAUUUGUGUUUUUUAUUUUUUCAUAGUCAUCUUAUGGAGUUUCAAUCAGUGAUAAAAAUGCAUUAUCCGUAUCUUGCAUCUGUUAUCUUCGAUGAAAAUUUCACCUUAAAAGAUGUUCAACCAUCUCUUACUGAUGAUGCUUCAUGUGUCCAAAACAUGCAUCAUAAACCUUUCCAUGCUAAUCUCGAUAGGUCACAUGUGCCAUCGAUCGUGAACCCUGAUCUUUGUCCUAAAAAUCUGACAUUGAAAAUCUCAAACACUACUUCCGAUCAUAUUCCAAAUCUAAACAUUUCUCCUCGUCACUAUGAUAUGCAGCCCCACUCAUUUGAUACACUCUCAAAAGAUAUAUUUAAUGGUAUCACUCCCUCUCCAUGUACUGAAGCUUUUGAGGCAUAUCUUCGUGGCAUAUCCAACGACCAAGAUUUCUUCGACAUGGCAUGUAACACAUCACAACCUGUUGAGCCCAAUGAUUUACCCAACAUUUCACAUGUCCCACGCGACAAUACUAUGUGGGAAAAUAAUAAAAAUCAAGGGAUAAUCUUUGGGACAGAGUCGAUCUUCAAUCUAGCCAUGGUUGACUGUAAUCUAUAUGGUGCGCCUAAACCAAUAGGUAUAUUGGGCGCAAAUGAAGAUACCAUCAUGAAUCAACAUCACAAUAAUCAAAUAAUGAUCAGAGCCGAUCAGAUCAAGAAGAACAAAAGAUUUCAGAUGAGGAGAGGAUCUAAACUGACGAGAAAAGCAAGCAUAAUAAAAGGUCAAUGGACUUCUGAUGAAGAUAGGCUGUUGAUGCAAUUAGUGAGGCUUCAUGGGACAAAAAGGUGGUCUCAGAUCGCUAAGAUGCUUCAAGGACGUGUUGGAAAACAAUGCAGAGAAAGGUGGCAUAACCAUCUUCGUCCUGAUAUCAAGAAAGAUAGUUGGAGUGAAGAAGAAGAUAUGAUAUUGAUUGAAGCCCACAAAGAGAUUGGGAACAGAUGGGCUGAGAUUGCUCGGAAACUCCCUGGACGCACUGAAAAUACAAUCAAGAACCAUUGGAAUGCGACUAAACGCAAACAACACUCGAGGAAGUCUAAGGGGAAAGAUGAAGUUUCCCUUGCACUCGGCAGCAACGCUCUUCAAAACUAUAUUAGAUCUGUUACCUAUAACGAUGAUACUCUCAUGACCGCAGCUUCUAACUCAAAUGGAAACAAUGGUCGAAGAAACGUGAGAGGUAAAGGUAAAAAUGUAAUUGUUGAUGCCUUAGACUACAACAAGAAAAACGAUGAGAAUGAGUGUAAGUACAUCGUUGAUGGUGUGAUGAACUUGGAUUUAGAGAAGUCUACCAUUUGUGUGUCAAGGUCAACGUCUGCAUCUGGUUCUACGUCUGGGUCAGGGAGUGGUGUAACCAUGGAGGUUGAUGAACCGAUGGCAGACAGUUGGAUGGUGAUGCAUGGGUGUGAUGAAGUUAUGAUGAACGAAAUUGCUUUGCUGGAGAUGAUUGCUCGUGGCCAUGUUUAACCGUUUUUAUCUAAGCUAUUUGAACUUGUUUUCUUUAUCUAUCUAUUUGAACUAAAUUUGGUAUUUUAAUGGAAGAAGUGGACAUGUAAUAUAUAUUUCGGUUUAAUGAAUGCUUUGUUUGUUCUCUGUUU